GAAAGAGAAAGAAGUAAGCAGUAAAGAUUCAAAGAAAUCUAAGAAGAAAGCAAAGAAAGAACUCGAACAAAAUCAAGAGAAGCCAAAAGAUGAGUCUAGCAAAACUAUUUCUAGUAUGGAAGAUAAAGACAAUAAAGCUAACGACUAUAUACUUGAUACUAGAGAGCUGCUCUUACCUAUCGGAACGACAAUCGAAUUACAGCAGAACAAGAAGAAGCCGGACGAAAAUACAUCGGAGCAAAUCAAAAACAAUUUUUCAGUUAAUGAUUUGUUUUCCCUUGAGCAAACAAAUCCAGUCCAUCAGAACUCAGAACUCACGGAAGUAAGCAGAGGCGAAGUUGAUCAACAACAAUUGAAGAACGAAAAUCCCGUUAAGCAACAAAGAGAGGAGCUAAUAUUGAUUGACACUUGGGAAGAUAUAUCGUAUACGAGCUUAUCUUUUGGUUCAGCAAGUGAAUCGCAAAAUUUGCAAGCCUCGAGCGCGCAAAACUUAACAAACGAGCCAACCAGUCAAAGCUUACCGAAUUUGACCUUUGAUUCGAAAACUUCGCUGACUCCAAAUCAGGAAAGGGAAACAACUGCAUCGGAAAUAUCUUCGGAGUACAGAAAUUACACAUUAGACAAAAUAUUCAAGUUGCCCAAGGGCACAGACCUGUUGCAAGGGGAUAAGAAAAUCAAAUGCCAGCUAAUCAGUCGAAAAUUGGAAUCGAAUGCAGACGAAGACGAAACCUUCCAGUUACAUAGUGAUAACUAUGAAGCACCAAAUAGGGCUCAGCUGCCUACUUAUGAAAAUCAUGUGGCGAAUACCAAUACAGAAAAAAAUUUGGAACAGCAGCUGGAAUCAGCUGCUGAGAAGCACUGGAUGGGCAAUGAUGAUAUCAACAAUCUGCUAACUGGAUUUUCACCUGCUUUACAGUCACAACCAGAGGCAGAAAAUCUUGGCACUUCAGAGAACAAUCGAAAAGUAGUUGAGGUAAACGCUGGCAUGACACAAGCUAUUAAUGUGAAUGAUCAAGCAAAUUGGAACUCUAAGCCAGAAGUGAAAGGACUUCAGCAAAGUGAGAAAAUUACACCAGCUGUGAAGAAGAUCGAAGUUCAAAUUGAUGAAAAACCAGAGAUUAAUAAGAGCUCUGCUCAAAGAUCAGUGGCGAAAAUGGCAAAAAAACGAAAAGCUUCGAGCUUCAAUCAGAUGGAGAAGAAACUGAAAUAUAAUGCAGAGAAUCAGGAACUCAAACCGGAACUUACGGAACUCCCAAUGCUGCCGAAUCUAACGGCAACGAAAUUGCCUACGGAGCAACACGAUAUACAAAAUAUUGAUUCCAGUAUCGAAGAGCAAAACUUUUAUUUCGACAAGAAUAUUGAGCGUAUUUUAGAGGAAAUGAAAGCAUUGGGUCCACAGCUGAAGGCAGACGAGAUCCAUCAAUUUGAAGAUAUCAACAAAAAUGAAAAAUACUUGCAGCCACUAAGUAUUAAUCAAGGACAGAGUCUCGAUAGGAUUGAUAAGUCGACUACAGAAAAGCAAGGCGAAAUGCAGGCAAAUAUUUGUAGAUCCGAAGACCCAUUAUCAGCAGUUGCUAAGAAAGAUCACGUUGACUCGGAUAGAGAGUUACAGAUGGGUCAGGGGGAGCAAAAACCACGUUUGCCGAAAGCUCCAAAAAAGACAACUGCAAAUAUCUUUAGAGCUGACGACAAUGUUUACCAUAUAGACAGAGAGUUACAGAUGGGUCUAGAGAAGCAAAAACCGUGUUUACCGAAAAUUCCAACUCGGGGUAAUCCAAUGCAAAAAGAAGAAGUCGACAGAGGUCAAUCGAUUUUAAGCGAAAACGAACUUAUGCAGCAUAAGUCUAAAAGGUACAAGAGUAAAGUAGAUAAAAGUCGCAAAGCGCAAAAAGAAAAUAUCGAAGAACAGGUGAGGUCUAACCGUCUUCCUGACAAGACUGCAGCACAACCAACACCCGUCAGUGAAUACAAAAUGGCAAAGAGUAUGCCCAACCUGGAUGAAGAGUUUGCCAUGGAACAAAAUAUUGCAACACAAAUAUUGUCAGAUUGUACAAGCAAUACAAGUUUAGCCGACAGAAAUUCAAAGCAAAUGCCAGAAGCGAAACCGUUGCAAGCGCACAGCAAGAAUGAUCCCCAAAAUCAGAAAGAAAAUAUAAAUCAAAACAAAAUAGAAGCCAUGACACCUGCAGAGCAGAAGAGACAGAAAAAAAUGCUGAAAAAAGCUAAAAAACUAGAGAAGGAAAUGGAGAAAAGUAAGGAACAGAAAACGUCCUCAGACCAAACAGGUGAAAUCGAGCGAGAAAGUCUAAUGAGAGAAGCAGCGAGCUUGGAAAAAACAGAAUUGAAACGAAAAACUAUGACACAAAGCCCUCUGAUGCAGAAAGGAGAAACUUUGGAUAACCCACCGCAUAAGAAACACAAAUCAAUGGCAACUAAGGAUCAAAAGACACAACAACAGCCAACAGAUGUCAAAAAAAAGAAGAAAAACAAAAAACUGAUGGAGCAAGGAGAAAGUUAUAUGAUGAAGAGAACCAAAGAUCAUACUCAAAAGGAAGUCUUCUCAGAAGAAGACGAACCUCUCCAUAAGAAGAUGAAAGCGGAAGCUAAACUGAAUCCGCCUCAGAGUAACAUAAGCCAAGAAGAGGAACAGUUUGUGCCAAGCACACAAAACAGGUAUCAAGCACCAUUUCUUCAAAAACUAAUUCAACAAAUAGAAGAGAACAAACGCACUAGGGAACUGCAUGAAAAACUGUCGGCUGAGAAAACAGAUCUUCCAAAAAAUGCUUCCGUAGAAGCAAACCUUGAAGUAAAGUUCGAUAGAAAGUCAAGUGAAGACAAUGUGGCUACCAAUCUGCCCAGUGCCAAAGGUUUUAAGGUUUCUGAUAAAGAUACAAACGUAAACGCUCGUCCAAUCGAACCCCGGCAGAAGUCCCAUACAAGUUUCGACUGUAACAACGCGAUAUCAAGCAGCAAGUUGCCAUCUGAGGAUGAACUCGAAAAUAAUUGUGGAUUGUUGAUGGAUGCCUACAAGCGAUUACCGGAUGGACAGCCUGCGAUGGAAACGAAGCUGAAGUCGGAUAAGAUCAUCCCAAAGAUCAUUGAGCCAGAAGCUCAACGUAUGCCAGUGAAUAGACCAAGUCCCGCAAAGCCGGUUCUGUCUAGGGAAUCCCUACAAGCGCCUGGCAGCAAAUUGGCAAAAUCGAUUCCAAUGGCUCCAGACUCUAGGAGACUUCCCGUAAAGCAGCUACUGUCGGGCAAAUCUUCAUUAGCGCCGGAGAGCAAGAAAGCAAAGUCAAGUCCAGUAGCGCUAGAGACUAGGAAAGCCUCCAUAGACUGUUGGUCUAUGCCAGUGAUUGAGCCUGAGCAAACAGAUACCGUAAAGCUAACUCCAUCUGGCAAAUCUUCACAAGAGCCGAAGAGCAAGAAAGAAAAGUCAAAUCGUGCUCCAGAGCCGAAGGAUGCGCCCAUAGACUGUGUGUCUAUGCCAGUCAUUGAGCCUGAGCAGACAGAUACCGUAAAGCAAGUUGCUUUUGGCAAAUCUUCAUUAAAGCCGGAGAGCAAGAAAUCAAAAUCAAAUCGAGCUCCAGAGCCGAAGGAUACGCUCAUAUACGGUCUGUCUAUGCCAGUCAUUGCGCCUGAGCAGACAGAUACCGUAAAGCAAGUUCCAUCUGGCAAAUCUUCACUAGAGCCGAAGAGCAAGAAAGAAAAGUCAAAUCGAGCUCCAGAGCCGAAGGAUACGCUCAUAGACGGUCUGUCUAUGCCAGUCAUUGCGCCUGAGCAGACAGAUACUGUAAAGCAAGUUCCAUCUGGCAAAUCUUCACUAGAGCCAAAGAGAAAGAAAUCAAAGUCAAGCCGAGCUCAAGAGCCGAAGGAUGCGCCUAUAGACCGUCAGUCUAUGCCAGUCAUUGCGCCUGAGCAGACAGAUCCGACGGUAAAACAGGAGUUGUCUGGAAAAUCUUCACUAGAGCCUGGCGGCAAUGCAGGAGAAUCGAAUCUUCAAUUUCCUCCAAAAGCAACCAUAGCGGAUAAAUCUCUGCCAGUGAUAACUCCUAAGCAGACAAAGUCCGAAAAGUCUGUUCCAUCUAGCAAGCCUUUACCAACGCCUGACUGUGAUAAAGUAAAAUCAAAUUCUACACCUGAAGUUUCUGGGAAAGCGCCCAUAGCCAACUUACCCAUUGAUACUAAAGGAUUGCCCAAAGCACAAAAGUCCAUAAUCAAAGCAAAGAAAAAGCAACAAAAGCUUAAAAAUAUCAAGAAAAAAAUGAUGAAAAGUAGCAAGCAAUUUGAGAAAAAGCCGAAGAAGAAUUCGGAAAGCUCCACAGAACUGAAAGGAGAACAGUUAAAGGUUGAGCUGAAGUCAUCAGAUGAGCUCAACACAGAGGACUUAAAGCCCCCUCCCAACACGGAAGCUGGAAUGCCAGAAAAUCCUUCUAAGCUGACAAAGCCCACAGAAGAUGACCUCUCUGGCAAAUCUGUGCAAGUGUCUAAGGACAGUAAAGCGAAAGCAAAAGUUUCCACUAAGAAGUCCAAGGCCAAAAAAGAGUUGCGAACAGCACAAAAAUCCAUAGUCAAGACUAAGAAGAAGCAUCGACGAAAGGCGACCAAAGCUACGAAGGAAAACCCGAAAGAGGUUCCCGUGGUUCCAACACUAGAAGAAGCGAAACAUGAAGAGCCCACAAACGCAGAAACAAAAUCAAGUUCAAGUAGUCUGUCGCCCGAUGAAAACGAUGAAGAGUCCUCAAGAUGUAGUUCCUAUAAGUACGAGUUACCUGUGCCAGAUACCAAAACAGCGCUGCAAACUUUCAAGAAGAGCCUUGCCACCAAUAUACUGCGGACUCAGCGCGAGUUUAUGCCAAUGGUCCAAAAGGCGCUCGUGGAGUAUAGAGAAAUAGGAACAAAGCCAGGCACUCAGCCUGCUGUCAGUGCGAAGGAUGCUAAUCUAGCUAGUACAACUCCUGUCAAACCAUUAUCACUACCGGUCAUCGAUGAGCCCAACGACCUUCCGACCGUUGAAUGUAAGGAGCCUGCACCCAGUCAGAGCAAGGAAGUCGAGCCCGUUGCACCCAAGGAUCCUGCCACCAUUGCUGAGGAGGAGAAACUAGCUAAAGCCUUAUCUGCGAAGCGAACAUCACUUGAGAUGUUGGAGAAAAAAAGCUUAGAGGCAACUAAGGUACUCCAAAGUUUCAAGGAUGACCUAGUCAAGUUGGCAGCAGAGCGAAGGCGGUGCACAAAGGUUGUCAAUACGGACGGUCCAACUGAAUGGGAGCCGUAUAAACUGGAGGAAAUUAACGAUAUCUACAAUGCGCGCGUUGUGAGGAAGGGCAUGUUAAACGGCAAGGCGUUGAAGCUACCAACGCGACGUGAGGCGGCCCAGCUGCAGCCGCAUUUGGCGGACGAGGAUGAGAUGGAUUUGGAGGAAAUUGGUGUGCCGGAUACCUAUGAGAUCUACUGGCCCAGCAAUCUGAGCGAGAAGCAGGCCAACAACCUGGAGCAUCCCAACGAGAUAUUGGAGCUGUCCACGCUGCUCUCCAUGGAUCUGCCCAAAAUGACGUAUGCCCCGACGCCGGUAUUGGCCGACAAACUGAAGGAUCCCCGACGACUCAGCGACUUGCAGUUGGAGGCUCUGAUCUAUGCCUGCCAGGCACAUGAGCAGAUGCUGCCUUGCGGUCAGCGAGCGGGCUUCCUGCUGGGCGAUGGCGCCGGCGUGGGUAAAAGUCGCAUACUGUCGGCCAUCAUCUAUGAGAACUUCAAGCAGGGCCGCAAGCGUGCUCUGUGGGUGUCCAUGUCCGAGUAUCUGCGCUUCGACGUGGAACGCGAAUUGGGCUUCAUCGGGGCCAGUCCUUUCAUCAAGGUGGCGCCCAUUGGCAAAUUUAGCUACAACCAGAUUGGGCUGAACGACAAAGAUCGCGAGUCCUUCAAGAAGGGCAUCGUCUGCAGCACCUACUCGGAGCUGACUGAGGAAACAAACGAUUCCUUGCUCAAAUACCAUACGCACGUUAGUCAGCUGGUUCAGUGGCUGGGCAAGAAUGGCGUCAUUGUCCUGGACGAUUGCCACAAAGCGAACUGGAUGAGUAUGUCUAACACGGAGCGAUUCAUCAAGAUAUGCAGCGCGGUGCUGAAACUGCAGCAGCUGCUGCCUCUCGCACGCAUCGUCUAUGCCACGGCCUCAGGCGCCUCCGAGCCGAGGAACAUGGUCUACAUGACGCGCCUGGGUCUGUGGGGUGUGGGCACACCGUACGGCGAGUUCCUGGACUUUGUCAAUGCCAUGGAGAAGCGAGGCAGUGGCGUCAUGGAGCUCGUUGCCGUUGACAUGAAGCUGCGCGGCAUUUACGUGUCGCGGCACCUGAGCUUGCAUAACGUCACCUAUCGCAUUGAGGAGGUAGCCAUGUCGCGGGAGUUUCGCAAGUUCUACAACUAUUCGGCGGACCUGUGGAACAAAAUCAAUGAGCAGCUGACCAAGGCAUUCCGUCGCAUUCGCAUUGAGUUGCGUGUCCAGGAGCGCAUCACACGCCAGUUCUGGGCCGCGCAUCAGAGAUAUUUCAAGAAUCUGUGCAUAGCCGCCAAGCUGAAGCAUAUUGUCAGGAUGGCCAUUGAAGCGAAGCUGAAGGGUCAGUCGGUUAUCGUGGGAGUGCAGGCCACGAACGAAUCCCAUAAGCUUCAGUAUCUUGAACAGGAGCAGGCCAACCCAUUGGGCUAUCUAUCCACAGCCAAGGCCAUAAUACAAUCUUUCAUCGAACGAUAUUUUCCAGCGCCCAGCAACGAGUGCUUCGAGAAGCUGCUAAAGGAGGGUGCCUUUGAUCCCGCGAAACGUCCCAAUCCCCCUGACGCCAAGUCUGUCCCCAUUGCCCCCAAAGGAUCGUCGACCGAUGACACAGACUUAAGUGAUAUUAGUUCUGAUGAGGAUGACGGUCAGGAUGGCUCAAAAAAACGUCGACGAUCGAGCACCUCGAGGGCGGAGAAAACAAUGCAGCAGCGCAUACUGAAGCAACUGUGCAACAAUAGAGAAGCGGAGCAGGAGGAAGAGGACUUCACCUAUAACUUUGACAACAUCGAUCCACAGGCCCAUCAAAUCACCGAGAGCGAGGUGAGGCGCUGCAUCAAUGCACGGGAGAAGUUUUUGCUAAAGAUUGAACAGCUGAGUAUACGAAUGCCACCCAAUACACUGGACAAGAUUAUUGCAGAGCUGGGCGGCGUCUCUGAGGUGGCCGAGAUAACCAAUCGUCGCGGACGUGUGAUAAAAACAGGUGACGAGAUCUACCAAUACGAGGACCGUGGCGAAACGCAAGCAAUGCGCGAUAUGCUCAACUAUGCCGAAAGGCAGAGUUUCAUGGACGAUAAGAAGACGGUGGCGAUUGUCUCGGAGGCAGCCGCUUGUGGCUUAUCGCUGCAGAGUGAUCCUUCCGUGCAAAAUCAGAGAUCUCGGGUUUACAUUAGCCUCGAGCUGCCCUGGAAUGCGGAUCGUGCCAUACAGCAGUUCGGAUGCUGCAAGCGCAGCAAUCAGGUCAACGAACCGGAGUUCGUAAUGCUCAUUUCGGAUGUGGCCGUGGAGCUGCAUCAGGCGAAUAUGGUGGCCAUGGAGCUGAAGAAUCUGGGCGCCAUCGACAGCGAUCCGCCAGAUGGGGAUCCGUUCGGCCGCGAGCAAUCGCUGUUCACACUCAACAAUAGCAUCGGGAGCAGCGCUCUCGACAGCGUGCUGCAACAGAUCGCGGGCAAGAAGCUGCUGGAAGCGGUUCAUGUGCCGGACUUCUACGAGGGGGAGUUCAGUGUGGACUGCUGCGAGGCAAUGGCCGGCGUGGGCAUGCUCCACGUGGGCAUCAACAGCAUCGGCCAGAAAAACUAUGUCCUCGCCAAUGUGAGCAAUCAUAUACCCACGUUCCUGAAUCGCCUGCUCGGCUGCCGGCUGGAGGUGCAGACCGCCCUGUUCAAGUUUUUCCUCAACAAGAUGUACGCCCUGAUGCUGCAGGUGAAGCGCACGCGUCACUUCAACAUGGGCAUCAUAGAUCUCGACGUGCAUGGCGCCAUUGUGACGGUGGCCAAGCUCAUCAGCUUCCGACGCACCUAUGUUUCGGGCACUGCGACCACAGAGCUGCACACGAUCGAGGUGGAGCGCGGUUUGUCCUUUGACUCAGCGGUCACUGAGUUCAAGAAGAAGGCGCGUCAGGCGCACGAAGGCUUCUACAUACUCCAUCAGAAGCGCAACAACAACAACUGCGCCAUUUUGUGUGUGAACCCCGAAACGGAAGAGGAGCCCACGGAGGAGCCAAGCGACCCCAGCAAGAUCAACCUGGUUAUUAUCCGACCCAAUACGGGCGCCCAAGUGCGCACCGAGCUGCUCAGCUCUCUGCUCAGCCGCUAUGUGAAGGCCUCGCCCAAGGCCGCACAGCCCUUCUGGGACCUGCAGUACAGUAAGUGCCUACACAUCUGCUCGCACGUCUAUUGGAGCUGCAAGUGUCCCUACGGCAAGCGCUGCGGCCUUGGUCUACGCGUGCGCGCCUACCACGUCCUCUCCGGUCUGAUGCUGGCCAUUUGGGAGCGUGUCGCCAUGAUUAUCGAGAAGAACGGCCGACAGAUGCAGAUGGUGCGCGUCAAGACCAGCUCGAACAAGCGCAUCGUGGGCGUGAUGAUACCAGAGUUUGCCUAUCGUCGUGUUGUGGCCGAUCUGUCGUGCGAUGCCAUAGUCGAGAGCAAGGAUUAUACCAGGAUCUAGUGCGUGCAGACGGAACACAUUUUGCUGGCGCAUCCAAUAGUUGCAACUAUUU